UUAAUUUGUAUACCACGUGACACCACGGAAGUGACGCGGGGUGCUCAAAAGAGUUAAGCAAAGCAUCUGGGAGCAAAACAGCAGUUAGCUUUAUUUCAUUUUAACCCACAAGACCGGAGAAGGUGAUUAACUGACGGUCAAAGCAGCUAACACAUCUGCAAGUAGACAGCCACAAUGAACCCAGUAUACAGCCCUGCACCAACAGGGGUCCCCUUUACCAACACUAAGGGUAUAGGUUAUCCAGCUGGAUUUCCUCUAGGAUACGCAGCGGCUGCUCCAAUGUACACUCCCAACAUCUACGCAGGAGCAAACCCAGGCUUCCCUAACGGCUAUGCUCAAAGUGCUCCCUUCAAAGUGUCCUGCUCUCCCAGCACAGGGACCGUCCCACCGUACUCAUCCUCCCCAAACCCCUACCCAACUGCUGUGUACCCUGUCAGGAGCACCUACCCCCAACAGAACCCCUAUGCACAGGCACUAAUACCUUCACAACAACAAGGCCCUUACUACACACAGGCUCUGUAUGCUCCACCGCCUCAUGUCAUCCAUCACACGACAGUGGUCCAGCCCAAUGGGAUGCCUGCAGCAAUGUAUGCCCCGCCUAUCCCUCCUCCCCGCAACAACGGUGUCGCCAUGGGCAUGGUAGCCGGCACCACUAUGGCCAUGUCAGCUGGAACUUUGUUGACAACUCCAUCACCAGCGCCCGUCGCUCCCCACCCAGUCACGAUGCCCACAUAUCGGCCUCCUGGCACACCCAGCUACAGCUACGUGCCCCCGCAGUGGUGAAGAGAGAGAAGUGUCCGGAAGAUGGUAGAUAUGCAUUCACACUCCAGUGUUUUUCUCUCGUGGUGACGACCUGCCCCGCCCUGGCAGCGUCCGCUACCAAUUCUUCUUCUUCCAGCAUAAUGUGAAUCUAAAACCCAACUACAUAGAGUCCCAUUUGGAUAAGCAGGGGGUGACAAAUAGGCCCAUCCCCACAACCCCUAUUAAUGGAAUAAGGCUGCAUUCCAUACCCCCACACCCCCACCCCCUCAACGCCAGCACCUCUACAAACCUGCUGCAUAUCUCACAUCAAACUGCAAAGCCUCCAUGCAAACUCUAUGUGGACUCUCAUGCAGGUUUUUAUAGCUUAAAUUCGUAUGUAGUGAAAAAGGAGUUUGGAAUAGUUUUUUUCUCUUUAAUUUGGGGGAUUAAAUAUGAUGUUGAAUGCAUGUGUAUAUAUAGAUUUACAAAGUAAUGCUAGCUCAAUUCUCCCUGCUGUGACAGAUGCAAAUUCAAUAAAAGGCACAAAUCCAAAGGAACUAAGAAGAAAAAAAAAAAGAGUAAUAAUCUGCAAUGCUGAAUCACCAGUGACUAUGUCUUAAAUGUGAAAGAAAAAAAACAGACGAGAAACGUUUAUUCAUGCAAAAACAUACCUGCGCCGUCCAUCACGGGCCAAACUGUACUAUUUUUCACCGCUUUGUGUUUAGGUAAGUGGUUUUUAUCGUUUUCUUUCAGUGAUGCAGUGUUUGCAUAAUGUCUUACCAUUUUUGUAUUGUAGGAACAAAAGAUGGGACUUUGAGUUUGUGCCUCUGUGACUGGUGGCCAUUCCAACACUUUUACUUUUUCUGGCCUGUUAAACUUUCUUCUUUUUCUUUUAAACAAAUGGUGUUUCAGUUUCUUUUUUUCCCCCAAAAGUCUGAAGCUGCUCUUGCUUGGGUGAUAUAUGAUGUAUUCACUUAUUUUAGCCAGAAGUGUUCUUGGUGGGGAACAAGUAUAGGAAGUUAUUAGAAGUCAAUUGCACCCAUUUAAUAAGAGUGGAUGAGCAGGAAGUGUGUGUGUGUGUGUGUGCGCAUGUGUGUGAAAGCGGGACUCGAACGGAAACCAUUCUGAAUGGUGCCAUACAGUGCAACAUGCUUAGAAUUUUAGACUUACAUGUCACUCUAAUGAAUUUACUCUUAGGCAGAUUUGAAGCACUACAUCAUUAAAUCACCGCUCAACGUGGACAUGUUAGGGCACCGUAAUGAUAUUAAACUCCAUUUGUGAAUAGCACUACUGAAUGAAGGCACUAAUUCCAAACGGUUUGUAAAAGAUAUUUGACUUUUUCCGACAUCGCUCGCUGUCUUACCUCAAGUCUCCAGGCUAAAAAUCCACCAAUGUCACUGUUUCAGACAUGCUUUUCUAUGUUGCCUCGGUCACCUCAGUUAAACAUGUUUUGUAAAUGUUAUUUUUGUGACUUUGGUUGCUGUUUUGUAUUCUAAAGAAAGACCAAAAAUAAAAACAAAUAUAAGAAUAA